AUGACUCGAUACGGGGGGUUAGGGAGGACGCGACCGAAAAAGCUCACCUCCAAGGCGGUCAUACCCGUUGUCAGAGAGCAUGAGAUAGAUGCCAUUGAAGAUGAAAUUCAAAAUGCCCUGCAGCAGAUCGAAACUGGUGUUGAAAAGGCCGAAGAGUCGGAAUUCCAUUUGCAGGUUGCCAUAAAUGCAACUGCGCAGGGAAAAGUCGUAAACGAGGCCCAUAUCCCGACCCCGGAGACUGUCCUCAGUAACCUUCGAUAUGACGAGCUGUACCCCCCAGUGUUCUCGCAGCCUGCGACGUACAUUCGCUUCUCCUCGACAGUUGAGGAUUGCUGCGGAUGCCCGUAUAACAUGACCGAAGAGGACGAUGUGUUCUUGAAGAUUAUGAAUGAAAAGCGGGACGUCGCCAACCGAUGCACAGAGGAUCAGUUUGAAGAAGUAAUGAACUUCUUCGAGGAGACGGCGCGGUUGAAGCAGCCAUUCGCCGCGGUAGAUAACCCGCCCGUCUUGAGCUUCGCGGAAAUGCAGGAGUCCAUGGACGCAACCGUAGAGGAGACCGUAAAGCGAUUUGCCAAGGACAUAUAUGAGCAUUGGAAGUCAAUCAGGACUAACAACGAGAAUCGGCCAUUGCUCGCCAGUCUCAAGUUUGAAACUGGUCAAGAGACCGACGACACAGAUCCAUAUGUUUGCUUCCGUAGGCGCGAGGUUCGCCAGAUCCGAAAGACUCGCGGCAGAGAUGCUCAGAGUGCGGAUAAACUGAGGAGGCUCCGAAAGGAGCUGGAGGACGCUCGCCAGUUGGUCGCACUUGUCCGCCAAAGGGAACUGGCACGGAAGGAGAUGCUGGCUACUGAGCGAGUCCUCUUUUUGCAGCGGGCAGAAGUCAAGGAUAUGAAGAGGAAACUCAACAUCAAGGACGAUGACGAGGACCUCAUCAAUCAAAAGCCCAAGAAGAAGCCGACGGAGGCUCCAACCAUCUCGCAUCCACCGUCCGGUGGCCCAAUUCGCAUAUCGUCAAAGCCUGGUACGCAAGCUGCAGAAGACCUGCAAUUACUCGAAACCUUCCAGGCAGAGAAAGAAAACGAGAUCUUGCGCGAUAUCAAGGCGAACAUUGCAAAGCAUAUCAAGUGGAACGAGGGCUAUGUGGAUUUCACAAGGGCACCCCUAUCACCGUCUCCUGAACGGACAUUUGAUGCUUCGUUCCGUCCGGCAAUCACAACACAACUGCCAACGCCUCCAUCCUCGGCGUCCUCCGAGCAUAUGAUGAUGGACACAUCAUUAGAUACACCCGGCCCCAUAUCGUUCCGUGAUAAGCUCGCAGCCCACGCAUUGAUGACGCGUGAAGAUGCCAACAAGAUACCUUCAUUCCGAAGACGUAUUGGGCGAGGUGGCCGUUUGCUGAUCGAUCGCCGUAAUCUUGCUUCCAAAUGUAAAGUGGAGUUGGAUCCUUGGAAGGCAGACCGAUUCAAAUAUGACCAGGAAGACUCCGACGAGGAUCUCGACUAUGAGAUGGAUCAGUAUGACAUCCAACUCAUGCAGAAUCGGGCAAUAAUGCUUGCCAAAGCCCGAGACCAGGCACACGCGCAGGCGCAGGCAGCGCAAGCGCGGCGACUGCAGGCCGAACAAGCCGCCGCCCAAAACGCAGUUUCAAACACGGGGCAAACAAUGGGAUCGAAUCCCGGGCCUGGCGCCAUUGCUCCCGUAUCGGAAACCUGA